AAUUAGAAACCAAUUAGCCAACCACAAAAUUCACUUCUUUAUUUAGCUAAUUAUCACAUUCUAUUCAGUGAUUUAUUAACCAUAUCAAAAAUAGGAAAAUUUCCCAAAUGAGAUGAGACAUAAUCUUUAUUCUCAACAGUAAUGGUAUGAAGAGCAGAUAAUUUACAGUCUUUCUUAAUUUCUGAAUAUUAAGAAUGUAACACUAGAAUUAAUCAAAAUCUUCGAAAAACUAUUAUACCAUCCAAGAUUAUGUUACUCAACAUAACGAUUAGAAUCAUAUUGUCAUGAUAAAAUCUCAAUAUUUUACCAUGUCUAUUCAUGUCAGUGCAUUGACAAGAUUACAGUAUUCCUACACAUACAGAACCUGGUAAUAUUUCACCACAAUAGACUAUUAUAUUUGCUAGAUACAGAAUGGAUUACGAAAAUUUUAUUGUAUCAAUUCCAAAAAUUUGCCAUUAUUAUUCACUCAUUGUACCAAAUGUUUAGAAUACCACACAUAUUUUGACAACUUAAGGCCAGUAAAUGUAAUAAUUUUUUGACAUAAUUAGCCCACAAGGAGAGAUCUCUUCUUUAAAUGUGUAUUUAAGGAGUACUAUAAUGCAAAAACCAAGAAAUGAGAAACAGUUUUCAAUCUUCUAAUCCUUUCAUGCCUGUGUCAAUGUUGCUGUUUGUGUCGCUUUUGUGCACACUCUUUUCCUUCUCAACUGCAGCCACCGAUCCAAUUUAUAACAACUUCGUCCAGUGCUUAUCAAGCAAGACAAGCACGAAAGAUCAUCUCUCUAAGAUAAUCUACAGCCCUAAUAAUUCUUCCUAUUCACACAUUUUACAAGACUAUGUCAGAAACAGCCGUUUCAGCACUCCCACAACCAGAAAACCUUUGUUGAUUGUCACUGCUUUGAAUGAAUCUGACAUCCAAGCUACCAUAAUUUGUGCAAAACAGAUAGGAAUCCAACUCAAAAUCCGUAGUGGUGGUCAUGAUUAUGAAGGUAUCUCUUAUGUGUCUAAUGUUCCGUUUAUCAUUCUUGACAUGUUCAAUCUCAGGUCUAUCAAUGUUGACAUCAAGGAUGAAACUGCCUGGGUACAAUCCGGUGCAAUAGUUGGUGAACUUCUUUAUAGUAUUUGGCAAAAGAGUAAAGUCCAUGGAUUCCCUGCAGGGGUCUGUUUAACUAUGGGAAUCGGAGGGCACAUAAGUGGGGGAGGCUAUGGAAACUUAUUACGUAAAUAUGGCCUCAGUGUUGAUAAUGUGAUUGAUGCACAAAUUAUUGAUGUAAAAGGUAGAAUUUUGGACAGGAAAGCAAUGGGAGAGGAGCUUUUCUGGGCAAUCAGAGGGGGUGGUGGUGCUAGUUUUGGUGUUGUUUUGGCUUACAAACUGAAACUAGUCCCUGUACCUCCUGUCGUGACAGUUUUUCGGGUUAUGAAAACCUUAGAAGAUAAUGCAUCAAAUCUUAUCUAUCGAUGGCAAUUUGUUGCAAACAAGAUUGACAACAAUCUCUUCAUAAGGCUUCUUUUGCAACCAACUACUAUAAAGAGUAAGAAUACUGUUAGAGCAACAUUUAUUGGGUUAUUUCUUGGUGAUUCUAACAGUUUACUGUCUGUAAUGAAAACUGGAUUUCCUGAACUGGGAUUGACAAAACAAGAUUGCAAGGAAAUGAGCUGGAUCCAAUCUAUCCUAUUCUGGGGAAAUUUUGACAACGGUACCUCAGAAAACGUAUUACUUGACAGAAAAGGUGGUCCACCGAACUUCUUCAAGAGAAAAUCAGAUUAUCUCAAAACUCCGAUCCCAAAGGAAGGAUUGGAGAGCUUAUGGAAGAAAAUGAUUGAGUUAGGAAAAGCAGGGAUGGUUUUCAAUGCAUACGGUGGGAAAAUGGAUGAAAUUCCAGAGUCAGCAACGCCAUUUCCCCACCGUGCAGGGAACAUCUUCAAAAUACAGUAUUUCGCUAACUGGAAUGAAGAUGAUGCUGCAUCAGAUAAGAAGUAUGUGGAGCAGACAAGAACACUUUAUAGUUACAUGACUCCUUUCGUCUCAAAGAACCCUAGAGAAGCGUAUCUUAAUUACAGAGACCUUGAUAUUGGAACUACUGACAAUGGUAAAAACACUUACAAUGAAGCAAAAGUUUAUGGGGUCAAGUUCUUCAAAGGUAAUUUUUACAGAUUGGUGAAAGUUAAGACCAUGAUUGACCCAGAAAAUUUCUUCAGGAAUGAACAAAGCAUUCCUCCUUUGCCUUCCCAUGGUGGGAGAAAGUAAUUAGAAUUAGAAUAAGAUUUUUGAAGUACUAUCAGCAUGAAGCUACACUAUUAGAAAUUAGCUACAGGUUCUUUAACCAAGUAAAAGAUUUUUCAUUUUUCUUCUCUUGUUCCCAGGGUACUAAUGUCAAAGAGAGUUUGGUAUUUCAAAAGUGUAUUGAAAUAUAGAUACUCCUACAUCAAUAAGUUUACCUUCUGUAGAAAACAACAGAAUGGAGAAUUGAAUAUCAAAAAAUGAUGUCCAAUGAAGCCCAAAUAAAAAAAUAAAUUACGAAAAAAUGAAAUCAGGAAAUCAGAUUAACAUGAUAUUGAAACAGAACAGAAUUACAUUAAGAACAAUUAUGACAUUCCAAGCAAUUGAUGUGCACUUGAUGAAUCCGCUUUAAAGAAUGUGUCAUUACAGAUAAGUUGAAUAAAUGAUUAUUUCUACCGUCUGUUUCAACCUAUUUGUUUUGUAUAUUUAUCUCGAUCAAUCAUUGUAACAAACAUGCUCACAUAGGUUGAAACUUGGCUCCCUUUGAAAAUAUACUAAAUCAGAAAUCAAGCGAAAAUGUUUUUUGGACCUCAGACUUUGUUCACCUAUUUGGAGA